UACAGCUUCUUCUUGUUCUUCGUCCCAACAUGGCGUCCAACGAUCAGCGGAGUCCAGCUGUGAGAGUCCUCCUGCUCUGGACUCUCUCGUGGCUAUCUCAGAGCUCCGGCCAAGAGCUCUGCGCCUUCAACCAGUCGCUCCAGACCGGCGUUGCAAUCGACUCGUUCGCGGAUUUGCAAGCGAUGGAGACCCAACUUUCCGCCUGUUGCUGGACCGCCCCCGAUAGUUGCAAGAGAGCCGGGGGGUUCUGCGUUCCGGCUUGGGGGGGGCGGUUCUGCCCGGGGACCAACGAUGUGCCUGCGGCCGCUGUGGUGUACGUGUUGCUUGCCGCAGCCUUCUUGCACUGGGACUUGCGGGACUGCCCUGAGGAGAGGAGUCUGUCGUCCUUCUUGCACUGGGCUUGAGGAAAGUAUCCCGGGACUCUGCUCGGGAGGAAACUGCAAGUGUUGUGCGA